AUGGCUGUGUUAUUGCAACGAGAAUCUGACAGUACCCGGAAGUAAAUGAGCUGUCAUACGCUCUAAAGGAUGGCGGCUGAUGGGGAUUUUCUGCUACGCUAUAAAGCUGUGUCAAACAAGUUGAAGAAGCGAUUUUUAAGAAAACCCAAUGUUGCUGAAGCCAGUGAGCAGUUUGGGCAGUUGGCUAAAGAACUUAAGCAACAAGACUGCCUUCAGUAUGCUGGUUUCUGUAAUUUGGCCAUGGCUCGAUGUGAACAGACAUUAUUCAAUGCACCUGGAGAGGCCAUGGCUUUGACAGAGGCCGCCCGCCUCUUCCUUCAGGAGGAAAAGGAAACUCAUCGUUUGAAGAGUUCAGGAUUUGAGGAACACCUGCAAGCUGCCAUUAAUUGCUACAGCUUUGCUAUCAAGGUUUACAUUGAGUUAAACCAGCCGGUGAUGGCAGCAAGUCUUUGCCUUGAGUUAGGAAAUGCAUUGAAGGACAUGAAUAAACUGGGAGAAGCAAUGGUGUAUUUUCAGCGAGCUGCAGAGCUACAAACGCAAGUUCCUAUUGAGUGUCUUCUAUCUCUAGGAUAUGUGGCGUCUUGUAAGAUCAUGACACGUGACUAUGAUGGUGCUCUUGCAGUGUUCACAGAGAUGCAACUUCUUGCCCAGGAGAAGGGGCUUCACACCCCAGGAAACAGCCUACCAGUGGGGGCAUUCUUGGAUGUCAUUGUAAAGUGUGAGGUCUCACGAGUUCUUCUCCUUAUGCUGCUACAGCCUCCCCCUCAAAAACUAUUACCUGAGCAUGCACAAACUCUGGAGAAAUAUGACUGGGAGGCAUUUGAUAGCCACAGUAAUGUGAAUUAUUUGACAGAAGAAGUGUUUUUACUUUUGCAGUCAGUUGUGAUGGCAUGCCAAGAAAAUGAUGUAGAAUCUCUCAAAGUCCUGCAGGUCGAACUCUGGCCUCUAUUAGCUGCUGAACAGAACCACUUGCUACAUCUUGUUCUGCAGGAGAUGAUUUGUCCUUCAGGCCAAGGCAUUUGAAUCUUCAUAACCUGGCAUUUUCAGCCAUGAAUCAAAAUACACUUAUUCCUGAGGAUAUAUGGCAUUUUAUGGACACUAAGGUGUUUUAAAGGCAGUCUCUCUAUAAUGCUUGGAGAUCAAGUCGUUUCUGUUUUUCAAAAAUAUUGCUUGCACUUAGGAACCUUUUUUUGUGUCAUAAAGAUGUAAAAGUCUAUGGUUGUUAUUCAUUUGACAGUGAAGAAUUACAAUGUUCUAGAAGGUAUUGUUUUUCAGGAACAUUCCAUUUUAAUAAAUGUAUUAAUCUCUGGUA